AUACACGCGACAAAUGUAUCGGCUGUAAAGUAAAUUAACGGAAAAUUCGCAACAAUGAAAAACGAGUUUGCAAACGUUGAUGAAAAUGCUUCACAUCUAAAGAAUGAUUUUGCGCACCAAGAAAUACCGCGUGAAAAUGAGGAAGACCCCUCAACCGAUUUCGAUUCCGGCGACAUUUACGCGCAUUACGCGCCGUCGGUGCGCUUGUUGCGCAUACGAAAGACUAUAACGGGUUCGUGCGGCUUCCAUUUGACACGCACCAAGUGGGAUCCCUAUCCGUGGGUGAGCGCGGUCGAUGCACAUACCGCAGCGGAAAUGAGCGGUCUGCAGCCGGGCGAUUGUGUGCUGGAGGUUAAUGGCGAAGACGUGUUGGGAUUGCGCAUAACGGAUAUUGCAAAAUUGGUUCAAGCCAAAUCAGGGCAUGUCACGUUGCUGCUCUGGAACUGUGGUAGUGAUUUCAAAUGUGACCCGGAGAGUAUUUGCUGUGCGCCAAUGCCACGCACACUGCAACGACUCGCCACCAUCGUACAAUCCAUAUUGACCAUAAUCGAGUGUCCCGUCUGUUUGGACAGCAUCACACCGCCGGUAAUGCAAUGUCAGAACGGUCACUUGCUGUGCCUCGACUGUCGCAUACGCGCCGAACGUUGUCCCGUCUGCCGGGACCGCUACACGCCACAGCGCGCUUUAAUUGCCGAACAAAUCUACACAGCUAUCACGAGCGCAUACAAUUUGUGUAGCGGCAAUGAAGACAAAUUACGCCAGAAGUUAUUCGGACCGGGCGCACAAUGUGCAGAGAAAGUGCUGACUAGACGUUGGAGACGCGCCGAGGCGGCCAAACAAACGAUUGAUGACUGCGAUGCGCAAACGGAAGUUAGAACAGCGAGUAUCUACGCAAAGCGGAGCUGGCUGAAAGCGACACUGGGAAGCGGAGCGGCAUCGUGUGCGGGUAAACAUGUGGCAGCCGGUGGUGGGCAGCUGGGACAUUUUAGCUUGACAAAUGAAACAGACACCGCCGCCAAGGUGGAUGCGCCAUUGGCAGACACAGCUGUGGCAACGGAAAUGUGUGCGACGAAGCGUGCGAGUAAAAGAAAAAAGAUUCUAAUGAAAUUAUGGCAUGCCAGAGCCACAUCCACGGAGAAUCUCUCAACAAGUGUUGCAGCUACAAGUGGACAACUGAAUGGCAAAGUGAUUGGUAUGAACAGCAUUGAUAAUGGAUUGGCGACGUCUGCUGGUGCAACGACCCCAGCAACAGUGACGCACGUUCAUGUGGAACCCUCCAGCGCGCAUCCACACCAGCCAUCGCCAACACCAUCCAUUUCGCAUCGAUCUGUGCGAAAUGCCAGCAGCGAAGUGGAAACGGUGAUGAAAAAUUCACAAAACCACUCGACUUUGAGUGACAACAAUGGCGGCGCUGGCGCCGCCGGCAUAUGUGAGGCGGUGGCAGACACAGCAGCCGAAACGAAAACUCGCGCAUUGUUAAUGCGCACGCAACAGCAGCCCGAGACGAGGUUGGCGAUGACAAUGCCAUUGAAUUGUGCGACAACAAGGAAAAUAAUUUUAAAUGCUACAACAACAACAAGCGAGUCGGUGCAGGUAAAUGCCGUGUCAAAGCUUGUAACAGCAACACCGCCACCAACAGCAACACCGAAUACAAAUGACUCCACAUCAGAGUGCGAAAACAAGCAGCCAGUAGCCAAUGGAGAAGAAGCGGAAAAAGAAGAAUUCGAAGCAGUUAAAGAAUGGAUAAAUGGAAAAAUAUCGCCACAGCAGCAGCACGUUCAACCGCAUUCACAAUUGAGUACGUGGCAGCUGCAGCGAAAUCAAAGGCAGCGACAGCAGCUCUCGCCUACCACCAGCAGUACUGACAGGCAGUCAACAGCGGCACCUCCAGCCAAUGUCAUCGCCAUCGCCGUGGAACGUUGUCCGUCCAUGCUGCGAAGUCAAUCGCCGUCUCAAAGCAUAUUUAAUGACUACAAAAACAACAAACAGCAUGAAAUCUGCAAUUGUCCAUCGUCCACGUUGCUGUAUGUGGACAGGCGCCGUCCCGCCAGCCACACGCUGACUUCUUCCACUGAAUAUUUAAAUAAAAUCCGCCAGCCAGCAGCAGCAACAGAUGCAAUGCUCCGCACAUCUGCCAUUCGGAGGCAGUGCAGCGGAGACUCGCUGGCAAGUAGCAGGAAAAACUCCAACAACAGCAUUGGUAGCAGCUGCAGCAGUGGCAGUCGCAGUGACAUCACUGCCUCGGCGCAUUCAAUUCUAACACCUGCCUCAUCGCUUUCGUCCGGUGUGUUCUCCACUUCAGUGGAUGCUAACGAUUUGGCUGCAUCAAUUGAAGCAUGCCGUGCGCUGCCUGAUGACGCUACAGAAAUUACUGCUAUUAGGGCGCACAAAAAUGCGUUGUUAUCGCCAGUGGACAGCUUGGGGCAGUCAUCAUCAAUAACUUCGUCAUUGCGUUCUUUAUCGUCGUUGGCUUCAUCGCUGUUUUCUUCGCCGCCAUCGGAGGAUGCGCUGCCUCCCUUAAUGGCGGCUGCAAGCGCUGAAGCGUGUCUCUCUGCUGCCGCCCUUAAUUCUACCUUCAGUUCUUCGGUGCAACCAGCAGUUACACCUCCGGUGACGCAUUUGUCCAGUGUGGCACCUACACUUAUUCGCAAGCAGCUGGGUGAAACGGCUUCUAGUGGUUUUCGUUGUCCCUGCGACGGUUGCGACCAGAAAUUCAACGCCUCUUCACAGUUACAGCGGCAUGUCAAAGUGGAGCAUCGCUUGCCAAUACUGAGCUUUGCUGGUGAUGAGCUCGUCGCUGUGCCAUUGCGGCAGCCUCUGGCGGAUGUGGUGCUCAUACUGGAAGCGGGCGGAAAAGAAAGUGCAAACAACAGCAGCAACAACAAUAAUGACAACUACAAUAACAACAACAUAAUCAAGACCAACAACAACAAUUCGAUGCACUGCAAUGAGGACAAUGCGCUCAGUGAUGCGUGGCGUGGAGUGGACCAGAAGGACAAUGCGGAUUGCGUAGACGAACCAAACGCCAAGGACAACAAGGAUGUAAAAGAUAUGCACAAAGCCGAGCAAGAUAUAGGAGGAAGCAGUGGGGAUGUGCACUCGAGGCAUAUUGAGAAGCAACUAGAGCAAACUAGGGAAUGUUGGAUUAGAAUAAAAGCGCAAGAAGCUUCCAUUGACACGACGGCGUUGUUGCAAGCAACCGCAGCGGAAAGUGCUGAUUAUGUGUUGAAAAUGCGAUUAAGUUGUAUUGGUGACACAACAGUGACGGCAGAAGGACCGACAGCGGCCAUCGAGCUGCAACUGGUGCGCCGGUCGCCAUCGGCGGUGCCUGUCAAAGCACAGCGUUCAGAGGGCAAUAUUGUGGCUGCGCUAAAAGCAACCACAACAGAACACAGUUAAUGCUGCAACCUCAUAGCAAUAAUAACAACAAUGAAGGCAUUUGUUUGCAGCAAUAUUAGCAUGCACUCAACACAACAAUACAAAUAAAACAACUGGCUAUUACAGCCACCAGCACUUUGGCCACAGCUUAAGGCCACGUCGGCGGCAGGCAAUGGCAUGGUCCUAUAGCAACAACAAGGAAAACAAAAACACACGCACUCAUUAUAUAUAUGACAACAAAGUUGUAAGACGCUAACUGAUUACAUUAGCGCUCGAAGGUUAAAAACAAAAACCAAACACAACAAUAACACUACAUUUUUUAAAGUGCACGUUUUGUUGGCCUACUAUUGUAUUUUUAUUGGAGUAUUUAGUAAAGAUUAGGAACACUUAGCAAACACCCUAUGAUAGUAAUGAA